UGGUACGAUCGUUUAAAUUUUAAAUUUAAUUAGUUUUCUGUAACAACAAACAUCACUAUAUAUUUUUCAGCGAAAUUAUUACAUUGGUAGUAUGACCAAAGAGUAAUAUUAAAAAAAAUAUAUAGAAAUGUCAUCAGCAGCUUUUGCUUCAACUGGCAAUAGAAGGGAAUCAAUUACACAAGCUUCUGUUCAAAAAAUGUUAGACGAAAAUACAGCUCUUAUUCAUGCCAUAAUAGAAUAUCAAAAUCAAGGGAAUGCUCACGAAUGUGUUCAAUACCAACAACUACUGCACAGAAAUUUAAUCUUUUUGGCAACACUUGCUGACUCUACAAUAAAUCAGCAGCAGCAGCAGCAGCAACAACAACAACAACAGCAGCAGCAGCAGCAGCAACCACCACCACCACUCUUACAACACUCUCAACAAGUGCAACCACAAACGCCGCAGCAUAUCCAACAAUCAACUGGGUCAAUUUCAUCUCAACAACAAGUGCAUCAACAGCAGCAAAUGCAACAUUAUCAACAUGCUUUUCAACAUCAGCAAAUGCAGCAACAGCAGCAUCAACAGCAGAUGCAGCAGCAUAUGCAACAACAGCUGCUGAGAACUAAUGCAUUAAACAAUCAAAUGAAUAAUGUUACAUAUUAAAAGUUAUUAUAAAGUUAA